CCUUAAGUCUUAAUAAAUUGUUACCAAACCAAACACUUAGAAAUAUUCCCCAAGUCGUACAUAUAUCGAGGGCUCAGAUCUAUAUAUAAAUUAUACAUAAGCAGAGGACGGAAAUGCAGAGGAGCAUCUUAUUGUUGAUUUCACUGUUGUUGAUUUGGGCAUCGUCUUCUUCGAUUACUGUAACAAUGGCAGACAAGGCUGUAGAUUCAUCUUCCUCCUCCGCGGCAACGGUUCACAUCGUUUACACUGAGAAGCCUGUUAGCGAAGAACCCGAAGCUUACCACAUUCGAACCCUAGCUUCCGUCCUCGGCAGCGAGGACGCGGCAAAGGGGGCAUUGCUGUACAGCUACAAGAACGCUGCGAGUGGCUUCUCCGCCAAACUCACUCCAGAGCAGGUCUCCCAAAUCUCAGAACAACCUGGAGUUCUUCAGGUUGUCCCAAGCAGGACUGUCCAGCUGCAUUCCGGACAUGGAAGGAUGAACGUGUGAAACUUCAAGUCAGCAUGAAGUAGUAGCUCUUGGGCCUGUAUAGCUCGGCCAGGAGAAAGAAAGAAAGGUGUUUCUUUCCUAACGUAUAAACAACUAUAUAUUCGUGUUUAUGGCACUGCACAUGCCAACUUAAUAAAGUGUUGACUCUAAACAAUAUUUGGACACCUUCAAUUUGCAUUAUAUACGGUAACUCUAGCCUGUAAUAUCGACCUACUAUGCAGGAUAUAAGCCAGUUGCAACUGCAGUCAUAAUGUGUUGAAUAUAUGAGAAUAUUAGAGCUUGAAAUGCGUCCUCAUUUGCAUGAUCAUGGGAUGAAUCCUGAGCAUUUUUAAAGUCCAAUAUUUCGGAAAUUUGAGAAUUUUUUUGGCUUUAAGCUGUUGAAUUUAUGGGAAUUCUGUUUUGUUCACUGGUA